AUUUAAAACCAGACCAUGUGCUUUGCCAGUGCUGGCAGGGAAACAGCAAAGACUGACUGCUCUGCUUGCUGUUGUGUGCCGGCCUCUCCCGCCUGUAAACUUAACUCAAUUGAAUCGGAUGAUUGUUGCAACUGCUGUUGCUGCUAGCAGAUAAAUGCAGUAACCGUCACAGUUUGUUGAAAGCUAAUUUUGUAACGUAGCAAAAUCUCGCUAAGUUCGCGAGCUGAGGAAAAGAAUAAGGCAUACGUAUCCGUUGCUGUUGUUGUUAACUUCAAGAAGUACACCUAGACACAGCCGCGUUCAUUUAUUAAGCUCGUUGAAGCAGCGUUCGAACAACGCAUUUGAUAUUCCACGUGAAUAACGAGGAGGACAGUUGGGACAAGAGGAUGAGGUGCCUGCUUCUAUCGCUGGUGCUGCUGCCACAGCUGCUGCUGCUGCUGCUCGUUGUUGUUGUGCCAGCCGCCACCUCGUCGCAGGAGGAGAAGCCCCGGGCGGCGAGGGAGGUGUCGGAGGAUGAGAAAUCGAAGUCCGGGGUGGCGGUGGACGUCGCGGUAAAUGGCGACGAGCACGUGGUGGUGGUGAAAGAGUCGGGGAAGCGCGUUGCCAUCACCUCGCGCUUCUGCGGUGACGACUCGUGCUACGUCCUCCACCAGUCGCACGACUCGACGAUGAGCCUGGAGGAGGCGCAAGACUUCUGCGCGCUCGUGAGCGGCGGGCCGGCCUACUUGGCCACCGUGCUCGACCAGGUCGACGCCGAUAUGCUCGCGAGGGCGAUCGUCGCCUCGGCCUCGUUGUCCAUCGACGGGGAGCUGUGGCUCGGCUUGCGGCGGGGACGCGAGGGAUGCGCGAACCCCGAGGGACCUCUGCGCGGAUUCGCGUGGCAAGGGGCUGGGGCGUCGGAGCCGUCGUCCGCUGUCACCUACUCGGGGUGGCGCGGGGAGGCGCAGGAGCGGUGGGACUGCGGCCGUGAGCAGUGCGUCAGCCUGGCGUUGGUCAACGCGAGUGAAGGCGGCUCCGAGUGGAGGCAGAGAUACUGCGAUGACUCGACGGGCGUGCGUGGUGCCGCGUGUCGCCUCUCGUGCCACGGCCGUCCCUGCGCUCGGGGUCCCAGACCGAAUCCGCCGCCCAUCGACGUCAGCCGCCGGCCGCAUAGGGAGGCUCCGUGCGACACGGGCUACGCCGCGAUGCCGUCGGGGGCGUGCGAAGACAUCGACGAAUGCGACAACUUCGAGCAGUGCGAGAACGCGCUCUGCGACAACACCGAGGGCGGCUUCAACUGCGACUGCUUCAGCGGCUACGCGCGCGUCAACAACACCCACUGCUCGGACGUGGACGAGUGCGCAGAGGAGACUCCACCCUGCGGCGCGUUCAAGUGUCGCAAUCGUGAAGGCUUCUUCGAGUGCCUCUGCCCGCCGGGCUAUGAGCAGGACAAGAGCGGCAUCUCAUGCGACGACGUGAACGAGUGCGUCGCGCCGGAUAACGGCGGCUGCCAGCACGACUGCAAGAACGUAAAGGGUGGCCGCAACUGCUCGUGCCGCGCCGGCUACGAGCUGGCGCGGGACGAGCGUUCGUGCGUCGAACGCAGGACGACGGAGGAGGAUGAGGACGAAGCGGCGGCGGCGUCGCCCGGACGGAACCUGCUCGUGACAAUCGUCGUACUCGUGCUCGUCGCGGUUGCGUGCGCGUCGGUCGCGGUGCUCGCGUGGCGUCGCUGUCAGAGGAAGAGGAGCGGGUCGUCGUCGGGGACGCGGCAGGGAGUGAGCGCGCUGGGCGGUGAGAGGUCCUCGCGCGAGCAACGGGUCAACGUCGCCGGCGAGGGUGACGCGUGGGUCGACUCACAGCCGUAGGGGGCGGGGGGGGGGU